GAACCUGAAAAUAUGAGAAGGAAAAUUUAUGAUCGAUUUUAUCUAGACGCUAAUGCUGGAAUUAUUUUAACGGGAUCUCAGUUUGAUAGGGCUAACAGGAUUCCUUGGGGAGUUUCCCCGAGGGUGAAGAAGGCUCGUGGCACGGAAUUAAGACGACUAUAUUGCGGUGAAACGGAGUCAUACCUGCUACCGUCGAGGAUCUUCUGGUGGUUCAACUGGGACAGCCUGAUUAAGAAGACAGAAGCCAUUGGAAGUACAAUUGAACUGGGAAGGACAACGUCUAAGGGUGAAAACCAGAAAGACGUGCAAUUCAACGGGGAAUCGAGAAAGAUUUGAUCCGAAAGUAGGAGCAAUUUGUAUUAAAAAAGAAGUCGUGAAGUCAUGAGUUGUAGAGUGUCAUCGAGGCGUCGGAGUGGCCAGUGGUCGUCCGCGGGGAAGAUGAAAUUGGU